AUGCUCUGCGGCCGUGAGAAGUCUGUAGUUGUCCCCGGGAUGUUCAAUACACCCUGUUUCUAUCUCGGAAAGUCCAAGGGUCGUCUCGUUGGGAAGAGGGUCAAUCAUGUUGUUGCUAGUGAUCCUGGAGGCCGUCAGUGUUCCCUCUCAUGGCUCGCCGAUUCUUCUUGGUUCUCGGAUGCAGGGAUCGUGGACGACUUAUAG